GUUGAGAUUGCAGAGCUUAGAAUGGCGAAUGCCUGAUCUUAAAAGAAAGUUAGCCAAAUUUAAGUCCGAGAAAGUUGAGCUUAAGGCCGGACUUGCCGAAGCUCUAAGACAGGCUAUGGAAGAGAGUAAGAAACGUGAUGCUGAGAAUGCAGAACUCAAGACUAGAAUCGAGAUUCUUGGCCAAGAAUGUUAGGCGUGAUUGAUGAGUUUAAAGCCGAAGUGGUGAAACUAAGGGAUGGCGAUGAGGAAAGCAAACAGCCAACCAAAGAUAUUUCCGAAGUAGUUGUCAAUGUG